GUAAAUUGGGUAUAGCAAUUCGCUUUUUACAAAAUGAAGAUCUUAAAGAAAAUAAUAUAGAAGUUGAUCCCAAUUCACAUCUUUAUGAGCUUAUGAAAAAGAGCGAAAAGAUUAUUUAUAAUAGUAGUGAUCGAACAUUCCAAUAUAAGCCGGACUAUGCUAUUCGAUCAAAAGAUGAUUUGUUAACCUUGUUAAAAAAUAGAAGAGAUCAACCUGGUGUGCCUCGAGGAAUGCCAUUUAAAGAGCUGGAUGAUUGCAUUGAUCUAACAAAUGUCGUUGGGGAAUUAGAAGAGGAAGGUAAGAUUAUGGUGAUACGUCUUAUGAAGGAUAAUUCACCGCGACUAUUAUACUGGAAUGAUCAACGAUAUGUUACUGAAAUGGACAAAGAGUUUGUCGAAAUGUUUCAUAGCGUUAAAGUACCCGAUGAAAGUGAUUUGAAGAAGUCACUUGAAGAUGCUGGGUUACAAACAAUGUCUGUGUUGGAAAACAAGUCUAGAACGGAG